GAGAAGAAGAAGAAGAGAAGAAGAGAAGAGAGAGGGAAGGAGAGAAGAGGCAGGUGAAGAGGCAAGGGAAAAGGGGCCAGAAGAACAGGCAAGAUGGUGUGUCUUUGCUGUUGUUGUGAUCCGCAUAAGUUGGCCUAUAUUUCCGGCAUUAUCACUGCUAUAGAGGCGGUGGCCUUCGCGGUACUAAAUGCAGUGCUAAUAUGUAUGAACAAGUGCAUCAUCAAACCACCAGACGCAUUAACAGGUCAAAUAAGUGACUUUUGGUCCUGGUAUUUCUACGACGACGCAGCAGAAACAUGUAGCAACGUGUCCAUCACAGCGAACUACCAUCACAGACCGUCUCUCACAGACUACAUCCGAGGAGAAUUUCAAGUAUCAGAUCGCAUACUUGGCUCUCCAUGUGCUGUGGUUCGUCUCCUGCUUCGUUAUGAUCUAUGCUUGGCUCUUGUAACCAGUAAACGAUGGGGAUACGUGCUUGGCUUCUCAUAA